AUGCGGUCCUCUUCCAUCCCCUCCGUGCUUCCAGCACUUCUUCUCGCCGCGCCUUUGGUGAGCGCACACCCUAGCGCAGACUCCAUCGUCGGUUCUCUCUUCGCACGUGCCGAUGAUGGUUAUGAGAUCACUGUCUGCCGGCCUCCGGGGAAGGAGGGAUCCAACGGUCCCCUCCCUCCCUGCAUCAGUCUGGAGAACAUCGAGGCCCAGUGCGCCCCCAACGGAACCUCACCCCUUGCUCUGGAGGCUCACAAACAAUGCAUGUGCGGCGGCUCCUUCUUCACUGAAUGGCCCUUCUGCCAACAAUGUCUCUUCGUUCACGGCCUGCGCUCCGAGCGCGAUGCCAAGCGCUACGUCGAGGUUCUCUCCUCCGUGUCCUCUGACCUAUGCGGCGCUGCCACGCCGACGGCCAUCUUCCGCGACAUCUUCUCCAGCGUGGCCUACGUGGUCCCGGAGCCGACUGACGGCGCCACCGUCAGCAGUGACAAGGCCGUGAGCAAGACGGACAUCAGCUACUACAUGACCACCACGAUCAGCCAGGGUCCCGGGAAAAUCACAGGGUCGGCACUGAGUGCUACUGCUACUGAUGCGCCGCUGGUGCCGCAGACUACGAAUGCGGGCAAUGAGGGUGAUGACAAUGAUGAGGAUGGGACGACGAGUACUUCCCGCCUAGGGCCUCUUACCACGACCGAAAGCUCGUCGGCUAGCGGUCCUAGCGGCAUGGCCGCUGCUGAAACCUCCUCGAAGCCUAAUGGUGCUGUAGGAGUAAAGGCUGGUAUCACGGGUGUUGCUGGCGUUGCUGCUGCGAUGGCAGUUGCGAUGAUGCUAUAA